ACGACUAGACACAUCCAACAUAAUUUUCAUCAAUAAUAAAACAAAGUUAUCAGAGUAUUUAAUUCUAAUUUACAUUCAACAUUCAGCCGAGUGUUUUCAUUUGGCAGGAGGUCGCUGUUGCGAUAAAGAGCGAGUGAGAGAGUAAGCACAUACAUUAAUUGAAGAGAGAAUUUUAUUUAUUGAGUUAGAUGCUGUAUUCGUGCAGUCAGUGUCCGGACGCAUAUCAAUUAGAGCAGUACACAUAACACAUUGUACUAAAUCAGAGUUAAAAAUUACAAAUUAAUUUUUUCUAGGUGUGGUGUCAACAAGUUACUUAAAAUUAUUCUGCCUGGAAACUAUAAAAAAUUAUAAUAAUUCACUAUGGCUGCAUUAAAUCGACUUAUUAAAUUAUCUGAAGGAUUUAAAGGUCUAGCAAGUGCACAUGGAUAUCGAUUACAAGCCUCCAAGACUUUUUAUACUUAUGUCAACGAGCCGGCGAUGCCUAUUCCUGACAAGGAACCUUGCUGGGUCAAGUCCUCUGAAGAAGCCGUUGAACGAGCUGGUUUAGCAUCUGAUCAAAUUGUGUUUGUCCAAGGAGCUGCAGCAACUCCUGUGGAAUUAUUGCGAGGUCUUACUGAGGUUGGAAUUAAGUCUAAUGUUACAAAUGUACGGUUGUGUCACAUGCAUUUGGAAGGAGCUGCUCCAUUUGCAAAGACUGAAAAUGCUAAACACUUUAGAUCCGUGAGCUUUUUUAUCGGUGGUAAUGUCCGAGGAGCUGUGAAUGAAGGCACAGCUGAUGCUAUUCCAAUUUUCCUUCAUGAAAUACCAAAGAUAUUUAAUCAAGAUUACAUGAAACCUGACAUCGCUCUUAUUCACGUGACACCUCCAGACAGUAAAGGAUAUUGUUCAUUGGGUACUAGCGUUGAUUGUGUUCGCGCAGCUCUUAUUAAGUCGAAAAAAAUCGUCGCUCAAGUUAAUGAAAACAUGCCGAGGACUUUUGGUGACGCAAUUAUUCACAAAAGUCACAUCGACUUUGCUGUUGAGCACAAUGGGCCUCUGCCAGCUCACCCUGUUAAGGCACCAAGCGACAAAGAGCGGGCGAUCGGCAAACAUAUCGCUGAAAAUUUGGUUGCUGAUGGAGCGACUCUUCAACUGGGUAUUGGAAGUAUUCCUGACGCAGUAUUAGCUCAGUUGAAGAACCAUAAGAACCUUGGUAUUCAUAGUGAAAUGUUUAGCGAUGGUGUUGUUGAUCUGGUUAAUAUUGGAUGUAUUACUAAUAACAAAAAGUCUAUUCAUCGCGGAAGGAUUGUUGGAUCUUUUUGUGUUGGAUCACAAAAAUUGUAUGAUUUUAUGCACAACAAUCCAUUUAUUGAGAUGUUGGUUGUUGAUUACGUAAACGACCCAAGAAUAAUAGCCAAGCAACCAAAAAUGACUUGCAUAAAUUCGUGCAUUGAAGUAGACUUAACCGGACAAAUUUGCUCAGACAGUAUUGGAACACGAAUGUACUCUGGAUUUGGAGGCCAGGUAGAUUUUCUGACCGGCGCGGCAAUGAGUGAGGACGGUUUAGGCCAGCCGAUAGUUGCAUUAAACUCAACAACUGCUGACGGAAAAACCAGCAAAAUAACUCCCGUGUUAAAAUCAGGAGCUGGGGUGGUGACCAGCAGAGCCUUGGUCAGAUACGUCGUGACCGAGCACGGAAUCGCGAGUCUGUUUGGUAAGACUCUGAAGCAACGUGCUCACGCGCUUAUCAACGUUGCUCAUCCAAAUCAUCGUGAAGCUUUGGAGAAAGCAGCUUUUGAGCGGCUCAAAGGAAUGCCCGAACCUUGAACUCGUUAGUUAUCUUUAUUUGUCGGAAAUAUCACUAAAGAGUAUUCACAAUCUGGAGAUUAAGAAGAAAUAAAUUAUGGCUUUAGAUUGUGCAUUCGAACACA